AUGGGUGAAGGAUAUGUGUCUGGAUCUCUACUUUACAGAAACAAUAUUAUUUCUGGUGCUAUUAUCCCUACUUCUGUAGCUAUCGCAUGUUACAUGGGUCGAAAGUGGGAACUUAGUUUCCGUCUGCGUAUGCGUCCUUGGAUUGCUGUUGCAUAUUCAGCUCCUGUUUUCGAACUCUAUCUGGUGAGACCUGGAAUAACAGAUGGCGGAAUGCUUUGGGAGGAAGGGCACAACAUAGGUGGAGAUGGAUUUGAAUAA